UUUUGUGUUCUUUAGUAGGUCGGAAUCGGAUCAUAUUUGGAUACCUAUAUCUUAGAUUUGACCUCCUUUAUCUGUCGGUGAAUAUACGUAAUUAAGAUUCUGCAAGUUAGUUUUGUAAUUAAGAGGUAAAAGACGACUGUAGUUGUAAAUUUCCCUUAAUAUAACACACACGAACAUGAGAAAUGUCACCAAAUAUAUCACUUAUUCACCGAAUUCUGGUGGGUCGUAGAUCGCAUCUUCAAUCUUCAUAUUCCGAUUUCCAUUCUCUCUCUACUCUCACUCUCUCUCAAAUAUUGCGAUUUCAUUCAAGAGGUCGCCGCCGACGCCGAGUUCCGCCGAGUUCAGAUUAUACCCAGAUUUCCUUUCCUUGCUCUUUCUGUGCUUUUUUCGUUUUUUAUUCACGGAUUUGUGCUACUGAAAUGUGUUCUGGGAAAAGGAUGAGUGUUUCAGUUUUGUAGAACUAUAUGGAGGAGCAGUCGGCCACUUGGUUAGCUCUAGCUGAAGUGUUGUAGUUGGAAAUCUGUCGGAUCAUAUUGGAUACCCAUAUCAUAGAUUUUGGGACGAAGUUUUCUUUCUACUUUUAUAUUUUCACCUAUCUAGAAUGGCUGAAAGCUCUUGAUUUGAUUUGUGUUGUGAGAUUUUGAGGUGAGAAUUAAUUUAGAUUUAGGGAAAAUGUCUUCGAUUCGAUUCGAUUCCUCAAAGCAAUACUACGCCACUAGCAGUCUUGUGAUAGGGUAUGCUCUCUGUUCGAGCUUGCUUGCAGUCAUAAACAAGUUCGCCAUUACUAAAUUCAACUUUCCUGGCCUUUUGACUGCUCUGCAGUACCUAACUUCUGCUUUGGGAGUUUGGGUUUUGGGGAAGCUAGGAUUUUUGCACCAUGAUGCCUUUACAUGGGAGACUGCCAAGAAGUUCUUACCAGCUGCCACCGUUUUCUACCUUGCAAUCUUCACCAACACAAACCUUCUUCGACAUGCCAAUGUGGAUACGUUUAUAGUGUUCAGAUCCUUGACACCCCUUUUGGUUGCAAUUGCUGACACCACAUUCAGGAAACAACCAUGCCCUUCCAAGCUUACUUUUGUAUCAUUGUUGGUCAUUUUGGGUGGAGCUAUUGGGUAUGUUGCUACUGAUUCAGGUUUUACUUUGACUGCUUAUUCGUGGGCAUUUGCUUACCUGGUGACCAUCACUACUGAAAUGGUUUAUAUCAAGCACAUGGUUACCAAUCUUGGGCUGAACACUUGGGGUUUCGUGUUGUACAACAAUCUGUUGUCAUUGAUGAUGGCUCCUCUGUUUUGGAUUAUUACUGGAGAGUAUGUUGAGGUGUUUGCAGCUGUGGAAUCCAGUACUGGGAAUUGGUUUAAAUCCAGUGCUUUUAUUGCAGUGUCGUUGUCUUGUGUCUUUGGUUUGCUCAUCAGCUUCUUUGGAUUUGCUGCUAGGAAGGCUGUCUCUGCCACAGCAUUCACAGUUACGGGAGUGGUUAACAAGUUUCUUACAGUUGCCAUCAAUGUCACGAUUUGGGAUAAGCAUGCCAGUCCCUUUGGUUUGCUCUGCCUCCUCUUUACAAUUAUAGGAGGAAUUCUUUAUCAGCAAUCAGUUACUGGAGUUGGCAGUGCUUCUUCACAGCGUGAAUCAACUGCAUUGAAGCAGAUUGAUAGUGAGGAUGAUGAUCAUGAUUAUGAAGAUGAUAUUCAAGGAAAGGGCGUGCCUGGUAAACUUGCUUCUGUAUGAUUAACUUUAUCCUUUUGUCUUUGCUGUUUAGCCUCAGGAGAAGAGGCCUUAAUAGGAUAUAGGAGUUAGAAAUUUUAUCAUCUAUGGUUUUAUCUGGAAAAGAGACAACCUAGUGUUAAUUAGUUUCAAAAAAAAUAUAUAAUUUUGUAUGAGAUCUUACAGAUCAUACCUAUGUAUGGAUUCUAGGAGCACUUUAUAUGCUACCACUUUGGCUCCCCACCAAAAAAAAAAAAAAAAAAAAACAGAGAGAUUGAAACUGAAACUUAGAGAAGAGCAUCUCUGCUGCUUUACCAUGACUCCUGCGAAGUAAUAGUUAGUUGUGUAUCUGUCUUCCGCUUAGGCAAGCUAGGUCUUUACUUGGAACGAAGAAGUAUGUAGACAUCAGCUAUUUGUACUUUCUCAAUUUAAUCUAGCUUGUUAUUUGUGUUUUUUGUUUCUUUUACUGCUUGUCUUCUUACCUUGAAAUAAAAUGGGAUACAUUUCCUA